UUUCUCCCAAAAUCACAGCCCAACAACCCGUAUACCACUAUCACAUGUGCACAAACACCUCAAGUUUCCCUCCCAAUUCUGCAUUCUCAGAAAACCUCAAUGCCACUCUCUCUUCUCUCCUCUCAAAUGCCACCCUCACCAAUGGAUUUUACCAUGCCAGCAGUGGUGCCCUGCAGGGCCCUGAUGCAGCCAAUGGCCUCUUUCUUUGCAGAGGAGACAUCUCUCCAAGUUUAUGCCAAACUUGUGUCAAGGCCUCUAGUGAAAAUAUCAUAACCCUUUGUCCAAACCAGAAGGAGGCCAUUAUAUGGUAUGAUGAGUGCAUGUUGAGAUACUUAAACAGAUCCAUUUUUGCAGCUAUGGAAGAACGGCCGACCUUUUGUAUGUGGAACACAAACAAUGCUUCAAAUCCAAGUCAGUUUGAUGAGACUUGGGGUGAUUUGAUGGGCAGUUUGUUGAAUAAGGCACCGGGUUCUAGCAAAUUUUUUGCAACUGAAGAUGUGAAUUUGACAACUUCAAAUAGGCUAUAUGGACUGGUGCAAUGCACUCCUGACAUUGUUUCAUUGGACUGCAGGAUGUGUUUGUCCAGCUGUUUUCUUGAGAUUCCUAGUUAUAGUCGGGGGAAGGAAGGAGCUAGAAUUUAUAAGCCCAGCUGCAACAUCAGGUUUGAAAGUUACCCCUUUUACACUGAGGCCUCUCAACCCCCCCUGUCUCCUCCACCGCCCAGAGGAAAUAGGAAGAUCUCCUCAGUGACGGUUAUUACAAUUACAGUUCCUGCAGCCUUUGUUUUCAUAAUAAUUUUAUCCGCUUCAUGCUAUUGCCUCCUUAAAAGAAAAAAAUACGAAGUUGCAAAUGAGGGAAAUGGUGGAAAUGAAUUUUUGGUGGUGGAAUCUUUACAGUUAGACUUGCAUUCCGUUAUAGCUGCCACAAGCAAUUUCUCUGAAGGAAACAAGAUUGGUGAGGGUGGAUUUGGCAGUGUGUAUAAGGGUACACUUCAUGAUGGACAGAUGGUAGCCAUUAAGAGACUAUCAGAAAGCUCACGUCAAGGUUUAAAAGAAUUUAGGAAUGAGGUUGCCGUGGUAGCCAAGCUUCAGCACAGAAAUUUAGUGAGGUUGCUGGGAUUUUGUGCUGACGAAGAGGAGAAAAUACUUGUUUAUGAAUUUGUGCCCAACAAAAGCCUUGAUUACUUCCUUUUUGAUCGGGAAAAACAAGGGCAAUUGGAUUGGUUAAUGCGUUGUAAGAUUAUAAGAGGAAUUGCUCGAGGACUCCUGUAUCUACAUGAGGAUUCUAGGCUCAGGAUCAUACAUCGUGACCUCAAAGCUAGCAAUGUUCUGUUGGACGAGGAUAUGAACCCAAAGAUAGCAGAUUUUGGCAUGGCUAGGGUUUGUGGGGUGAAUCAAAGUCAAGGAAACACAAGCAGAAUUGUUGGCACAUAUGGUUAUAUGUCUCCUGAGUAUGCAUUGCUUGGAGAUUUUUCAAUCAAGUCAGAUGUGUAUAGCUAUGGAGUUCUAAUACUAGAGAUCAUAAGUGGCAAAAAGAAUAGUUCUUUCUAUCAAUCGGAUUAUGCAGAGGGCAUCUUGAGCUAUGCCUGGAGACUUUGGACGGAUGGAAGACCACUGGAGCUAACAGAUCAAGCUCUAGGCAAAUCUUUCCAUCAAAAUGAAGUCACCCGAUACAUCCAUGUUGGAUUAUUAUGCGUUCAGGAAGAUCCAGCAGACAGGCCUAUGAUAGGAACUGUGUUGCACAUGCUUACCAAUUUCUCUGUACUGCUGCCAAUACCGAAACGCCCAGCGUUCUGUGUUCGCAGCAGGACAGCGAGUUCAAGCAAAGCCAUGCCUUCUUCUGUAAAUGAAGCUUCCAUAACUGCACUCUACCCUCGUUAGAACAACAUAGGUGAUUCCGAAUCAUCCAUCUCCAAGUCCGGUUGCACGACAAAUGCCGGUUUCGAGGGAACAGGAAGAGAUAAAGAGCAGCUAGUGAGCAUGAGAACAACUGAAGCCAUUGCAGGUCUAUUUGACACAUUUUCUUGAACACAAAAAGAAGCCAAUGUGAAUACAUCUCAUCUCUUCACUGAUUGAACCAACUCUCAGAGUAGGGUCUCUCAUGUUCAAAGCUGUCCCCUCGUUCCAAUUUCUCCAUGCCUGUCAAAAACAUUGAUAGUCAGUUUAACCCAUAAAAAGGAACAUCUUGGCAAUUAUAAUUUCUUUAUGUGGCCCUUGCACAGUUGUAAUUUCUGAUUGAUUAAUUAUUAAAUAAUAUUUUUUAA